UCAUUUAAAGUUUAGAACAGUUGAAUUGGGAUGAUGCCUUACUUAAAAUUGAUUGCAUGCGCGAUAUGUGUGCACAUUGUUAUAUGUGAGCCUAAACAGCCGUCGAACAUUACUGAAGACAUGUAUCAUGUGUUGUCAUCAAAGAUUGACACCAUCAAUUUAGAGCUGGCUCUAAAAAGAAACGAACAAGUUCAAACUAAGCAAGAUCUUCUUGAGGCGAAAACAGAGAUUCAAAGAAUGCAAGGAAACCAGACUGCACUAGAGCAACAGCUGUCCAGUUUGAAAGAAACCGUCUUAGGACUAAGUAUUCCACUGGAGGAAAACUGUCAGUCUGGAGAAUUUGGACCUCACAGUCGUCCGUCUUACCCCGUAAACUUGACCAUUAACUUCCGGCCAGCUUUUAAGAGGAGGCCGGCUAUCGUUUAUGGCCUGAAGGUCUUGGACUCUGCCCACAAUGUGAAUGUCCGUGUUGGAGGAUUUGUAAUGGAGAUGACCAACGCAUAUUUCAAAUUUCAAAUCAGGGCGUGGGCCAAUACCAUUAUGUAUGAAGCCAAAUUUUCGUGGAUGGCAUGUCCGCGAACACAGACUUAACUCUCACACACGCACACGCACACGCACACACACACACACACGCUCGCGUACGAACAUACACGCGCACACACGCGCACGCGCGCGCACGCACACGCACAAGCACGUUGAUAUACUAUAUAAUACAAAUACAAUAUACAAACAAUCAAAAUUUGUUACAAGAGAAAAAUGUUUAUUCUUGUAAAAAUGUAUUUCUGUUUUUUACAGCUGAGUAUGAAUU